AUGCUAUCCAGUUCUGUUCUUAACAAAGAUCGACGUGCUGGAUUAACAUCAAGUUAUUCGAAAAUAAUUACACGAUAUAAAUUUGAUUUAAUGUCUCUAAAUAUGAAUACAUUGGAAAAUAUUGAACGUGGUCAUCAACAAUUAUUGAUCGAUUUCAAAAAGAAAAUUUUACAAGCAUGUAAUUAUCCAUUGAGGCAAGCGAUUGAAUAA